UUUCAUCACUGACAAGAUGUUAUCGACCCCAGCUGAAGAUAGCAAUCGAUAACAACACCACCAGGCUGACAACCCUGUCGAGGAAAACCAAGAAGAAGCACAGUUUGUAAAUAUAGAUUUUCCUUUGGGAAUUUUCCUGGAAAACCGCAUUCGCCAUGUCGGAUGCCCACUUGGAAGCACCGCCCUCGGUGCGACUGACCAACGAUGACUUCCGCAAGCUGCUGGCCACGCCCCGGGCGCCGCCCCCAGGCUCUGGGACAAGCAGCACUUCCGGCGGAGGAUCCCUGGCCACGGCUACCUUUGCCACGCCCUCCGCAGCCGCCCCCAACUCCACCGGAUCCAGUGGCGAGAAAAAAAAGGGCCAGAGCAGCAGCGAACGGAAUGAUCUGCGGCGCAAAAAAAAGAACUUCUAUGCGGCACUCAAGAAGCAGGAGGAUGUGAAGCUGCUGGAGCUUUCGGAAAAGUACAGGGACCGAGCACGAGAGCGGCGGGAUGGCGCCAAUCCGGAUUACGUGAACGUGAGCACACCGGGACACGGCAGCAGCACCAAUGCUUACCGAGCCGUAGCCCCGGAUAUGAAGUCCGGAAUCGAUGCACAGGAGCGUAGAAGGCGGAUCAUCCAGGAAUCCAAGUUCUUGGGCGGUGACAUUCAGCACACGCAUUUGGUAAAGGGUCUGGAUUAUGCCCUGCUGCAAAAAGUGCGCUCCGAGCUGCACUCCAAGGAGGCCGAGGAGGAGGAGAUAGCCGCCGCCGUGGCCAGAGAAAAGCUGGCCGAAGCGGCUGCCGCCGCUGAGCAACUGGAAGCAGAGCGCCGGGAAUCGGAGGACAUCAAUGCCAUCAACGGUGCGCUGGCCCGCAACAUUUACAACCUGGUGCAGGCACGGCGAUCCAAAGAAGUUCCUCGCAAUGAACUCUUUGCUCCCGGACGGAUGGCCUAUGUCAUCGAUCUGGACGAUGAGCUGGGCGAGUCGGAUAUUCCCACCACUCUGAAGCGCUCCAAGUUUGAGGUGCCUGUGGCACGAGAGGAUGUGGCCACUCUGACCACCAAUGACAUUGUGAUCAACAAGCUGUCACAGAUCCUUAGUUAUCUGCGUGCUGGUGGUCGCACCAAGAAGAACAAGAAGCGAGAUAAGGACAAGCCGCUGUUCUAUGAAAAAGAAGUGGAGAACCUACGGGGAUCGUCCUCUAGCGGUGGUGGCAAUAGCCGACACGCCACCUCCUCCUCUUCAUCGUCAGCUAACAAUAAGGAAGGCAAACCCGCUCCAUUGGGCGACAACAUUUACGACGAUGUGGGCGACUACCAACCCACUGCAUCGCGUGGGGAUCGCAGUAGGCCAGAGCCCGGAAAAGCAGCAGCCUCCUACUUUGGCGAUGCUCCGCCCGAGGCGGCUGAGGAGCCGCUGAUCUCCAGCAUUCCCCCACCGCCCAAGAUAUCCAAGGCAAUGGCCUCCCGGUUCGCUGAGCCCGAGGGCUAUGCCGAGUGCUAUCCGGGUCUGGAGGAAAUGAACGACGCUAUCGAUGACUCGGACGAUGAGGUGGACUACACCAAGAUGGAUCUGGGCAAUAAGAAGGGACCCAUUGGGCGCUGGGACUUUGACACGCAGGAGGAGUACUCGGACUACAUGAGCACCAAGGAGGCGCUGCCCAAGGCCGCCUUCCAGUACGGUGUCAAGAUGCAGGAUGGCCGAAAGACGCGCAAAAAUAAAACGGAGAAGAACGAAAAGGCCGAGCUGGAUAGGGAGUGGCAGAAGAUCCAGACAAUCAUUCAAAAACGAAAACUUCCCAAGGAUGGUGGAGGUGGCGGUGGUGGUGGCGAUGAACCCGAAUACAAAACCUCCAAGUACUAGAAAUUCUUGAAACAUUAUUCUAUAUUUGUAAUGUAAUUCUGUAAAACAUUAAAUAUACAUAAGUAUGCGCAUACUUGUGUUACUCUUACAUACUCUCAAUUAUAUAUUUUAGCAACGUUA